AUGCCAAUCCAGUUCAUGGUCGCAACAGAGGAGAGCAUCACGAAGGCCAAGAAACUUAUUCAAGAGUCCUUGAUCCGGGCGGUCUCGGUACCAGCACUGAAUAAGUGGACGAAGGUGUUCCCGUGCACUGGGGCAGUGACUCUUUUGGCUCACUUUCAUGGUUUGGCUAUUGAAGGCUUUAAGUCCAUGUUCGGUGCGCUCUCUGAGCAGGAAGAAUCCCAAUCUGAUGACCGUGACGAGGAUCGUGCGCUCGAGGUGCCGGUGAACGAAAUCAAGAAGUGGAGGAAAUUGGCACGGAAACGAAACAAGAAAGCCAUGAUGUUUCUGACAGACAAGGAAUGUGGUUUCGUGAACAUGGUGUGGGUGCAUAUUGCCUCUCCCGUCAUGACUCUUCAUUGGUCAUUGUUUCGGAAUGCUACAUGGUUUAGUGAUAGACCAGAUCCGGACAUUGAGGAACAUGCGAAGAGUAAGACCCAUCAAAUCGCCGCAUUCUGUGAGCCGGUCGAUAAUCCAGCCUUGCGAGUCGUCGAGGAGCUAAUGAAGCUUUUGCUCCGUCCGGACGAAAGCCUCCCCACCAUGGGAUUUUUCUAUGGUCGCUUCGACACUUGGUCGCAGCCCCGCAAGCGAGCCUUUCGGUUGGCCGUCUUGGUGACUAUGGGCCAGCUAGUUCGGAAGCUCGUCGAACCUUUUUUGGAAUAUCCAUGGCGUGUGUGGCCUCUUUGUGGUUCUCUGAAAGCUGAUGGUCGCACGCGAAUCUCAACAGAGCAGCGGGAGGAUUGUGCACGGCAAUUGAGGGCUGCUGAGAGUUGCUGUUGCGAUCCCGGGUUCUCUGGUCGGUUGCGGUCACUGACCUGGGAAGAAUUGAUAGAUGAAGAGCAACGUGAGUUUCUUGAGACCAUUUUUUCGAGAGUAGUUUUGACUUCGACGUUCAUCGAACGGAAGUUUGCCAAUUUGAAUAAUUGGAUACCUUCAUCAAUUCAGCUUGUCGCUGCAAAACAUUUCACACGAAGCUUCAGCGAUUCCGUUUCUACCUGGCGUACGAAGAGCGGCUUCAAGCCAGGAAGCAAGAAGCAACGUCCGGCUUGGUGCGGCAAGCUUGGCAAGGUCAGUCGGCAGACCGGAUACAAUAUAUUUCUCCGGGAGCAGAGGCAAGCGAGGAAUAGGCACAUCCAGGGUUCCGAGGCGGCCGAAGGUUUCUUGAAGGAUGGUGCAGCUCGGUGGCGUGCCCUGCCUAAGGAGGCAAAGGAAGCUUUUGGAAGAAAGGCUGUGGCAGAGAACAUUCAGUCCGAUAUGUUGAAGCAAGCACAGGCUGAUGCCGAACCGGAGCCACUGCAGGCAGGAGGACCAUGGGGAUUGUCUUUCAUUCCAGACAAGGAUGGUGGGUCAACUUGGCCAUUGUCUGUUGAUGCGUUGGAAGAAACCCUGUCUGGUCCGAAUGCUUUCGACAAGGCAUGCAAAGCAUGGGCCGAGGCCAAUUCCAUCCCGGAAGAUCCAGAGUAUGAUCUACAUCUUGCAGAAGGCAGCCAUUUGUUUGCGGUGUGCCCACCAGGUGGUUGCACAGCAGCUUUGACAGAUGCCCAGCAUUCAGACUUUCGGACUUUGCACACAGGUUCGACUGUAUUGGUCCGCAGAUACAGCCCGGCCAGAAACCAUUUGUCUGUCAACCCGCUCGUUCUAUUGUGGGAGAGUGAAGCUUGUGGGUCAGUAUUUGCUACAGUACUGGCAUUUCGUACCCAUGUUCCGGACAUGGACAUGAUUUUCUUCGAGCUUUGUGGGGACUGUGGUCCCGGAGAAAACCCCCCGUUUGAUUUGCGCUUCAAAGAACACGCUCUCAGAGCUGGUGCUGCCAAGCAUUGGAAUGACAUGGCAAUCUGUUGUCACCUGGCACGACAGGGUCGAGACUGGCGGCCCAGUCAGCUGCUGUUAGGGGACAUCGGUCGUGAUGCUGGUGUGUUUCAUGUCAUCGACCGGAAAGGCUUCGAUUCGGCUGAUUUGUUGGCAGAAGCGGAACAGCUCAAAGAAGAACAGCGAGCUUUGCGAGCUGUGAAGCUUGCACACGGGUAUGGGAAGAAGGGCAAGCGACGUGGAGGAGGUCGUGCUAGGGGUGGGCGGGUUAGAGGAAGAGGAAGGCGCGGGCGGGAACGAGGCCGAGGAAGAGCUGCACGCAGGGUUGGCAAUAUCGCGGCAGGAGAAGCGGUUGCUGAUGGCGAUGGCAGCGAUGUUGAUGAAGACGAAGAUGAUGUUGGUCAAGAGGAUGUUGGCGAGUUGAGCGAUGAUGCGAUCGCAGAGAUUGAUGCUGAUGCUGAUGAAGACGACACCUGGCAACUCCCACCUGCGGCCGCAGUGCCAGGAUUGGUUCCAGCAGCCGCAGUGCCAGCCUAUGGGGACUACUCUCAGCAAUGCGGAUUGCAUCUUGAGAUUGAAGCGAUGGCUCAUUGCCGGUAUGGAUGA